GGUCGUUAUUCCAUGAAAAAAUAAAUAAAUAAAUAAUCCAAUCUUUAUCUGUGCCAACCAUCCUCAUCUCCCACCUUAUCCACUAAACCAUAUCAUCUUCAUACUUUACCGAAACAAAACUCCUCUAACACAAACACCACCACAUACGUACGGGAAAACUAAACAUGGCUAGUGCCUCAGCUACACUGUCUCCAGCAACAUUUAUAGCUGCGUCAUCAGUGUCUAGCCCAAGGAGGGCGACAAGGAAAGUCAAUUACUUGACUGGAAUCAACUCCUUUGCCGGGCUGAAAGCGAGCAACGGCGUCGUUUCGCUUGGUCACCCUAUGUGUGCGGAGCAGUCGUUUGAGAAGAUUAUGAUGUCGUUUAGAGCUCCUUCAAAGGGGAAAAGCAGAGGUGGGGGUGGGGCCCUUUCUUCUACUUGCAAUGCCGUUGCUGAGAUCUUCAGGAUUGCAGCGAUCAUGAAUGGGCUUGUUCUUGUUGGUGUUGCUGUUGGCUUUGUUCUACUCCGAAUUGAAGCUUCAGUGGAGGAAGCAGAGUCCUGAGUUUGCCUUCAGUAAAUUCUUAUAUUUUGUUAAUGCUCUUCCUGUUUGGUUUCUCUAAUAUGAUUCUACAAUUCUUGUAGACAUUACUGGUAAUAAAUAUUGUAAUAAUUCUUGUUUUUUUAAAAAAAAAAAAAAUUAAAUUAAAUUUUAUUAGUGGUAUUUUUAAAAAAA